CCAUCAUCUGAUCAGAGAGGCGGGCUGGCGGCUGCUGCGGGCGCUGUCCAGCCCUCCGGCCGCCUGAAAGCCUCGCCGCUCGCCCCCCCGAUGUAAGAGCGAUGCGAGAGGCGCCUCCAGCCCCCCCACCUCGGCAUUGGCGAUGGAGGAAGAUCUAUUCCAGCUCAGGCAGCUGCCGGUGGUCAGGUUCCGUCGUACGGGGGAGAGUUCUCGGUCUGAGGAGGAUGUUGUCUCGGGAGAGCACGAAGUCCGAAUUGAGGGUGUCCAGACAGAGCUAGAGGCUGUGGAGUUGGAAGAUGGAGGGACCGUCCCAAAGGAAUUUGCCAACCCAACUGAUGAUACCUUCAUGGUGGAAGAUGCGGUGGAAGCAAUUGGAUUCGGCAAGUUCCAGUGGAAACUUUCCAUUCUGACGGGCUUAGCAUGGAUGGCUGACGCCAUGGAAAUGAUGAUCCUGAGCAUCCUCGCACCUCAGCUUCACUGUGAGUGGCGAUUACCCACCUGGCAGGUUGCAUUGCUCACCUCGGUGGUGUUUGUGGGCAUGAUGUCCAGCUCCACCCUCUGGGGAAACAUUUCAGACCAGUACGGCAGAAAAACAGGGCUAAAGAUCAGUGUGCUAUGGACUCUAUACUACGGGGUCCUUAGUGGCUUUGCACCAGUUUACAGCUGGAUCCUGGUCCUGAGGGGACUGGUGGGGUUUGGCAUCGGAGGAGUCCCUCAGUCGGUAACACUAUAUGCAGAAUUCCUCCCGAUGAAAUCUAGGGCAAAAUGCAUUUUGCUAAUUGAGGUCUUCUGGGCGAUUGGGACGGUCUUUGAGGUCCUCCUGGCGGUGUUCGUGAUGCCCACCCUGGGCUGGCGUUGGCUGCUCAUACUUUCAGCUGUUCCCCUUCUGGUCUUUGCCGUCUUGUGUUUUUGGCUGCCAGAAAGUGCAAGGUAUGACGUGUUGUCCGGGAACCAAGAGAAAGCCAUUGCCACCCUGAAGCGGAUCGCAACAGAGAAUGGAGCUCCAAUGCCUCUAGGGAAACUGAUCGUCUCCAGGCAGGAAGAUCGAGGGAAAAUGAGAGACCUAUUUACCCCACAAUUUAGAUGGACAACUCUUCUGCUUUGGUUCAUAUGGUUCUCCAAUGCCUUUUCUUAUUAUGGGCUAGUUUUACUGACGACAGAGCUCUUUCAAGCAGGAGACCUCUGCAGCAUGUCUAGCAGAAGGAAAAUAGUGAAGGCCAAAUGCAAUCUGGCAUGUGAAUUCCUAACCGAAAAGGACUACAUUGAUCUGCUGUGGACCACUCUGUCCGAGUUCCCAGGCGUUCUAGUGACCUUGUGGAUUAUUGACCGGAUCGGGCGGAAGAAGACGAUGGCCCUCUCCUUUUUCGUCUUUGCAUUUUGCAGUCUCCUGCUCCUUCUCUGUGUCGGAAGAAAAGUCCUUACCGUGCUCCUGUUCAUUGCAAGGGCGUUUAUUUCAGGAGGAUUUCAAGCUGCCUACGUUUACACCCCUGAGGUGUACCCAACAGCCACCCGUGCCCUGGGCCUUGGGACGUGCAGUGGGGUAGCCAGAGUGGGUGCUCUCAUCACACCGUUCAUUGCACAGGUGAUGCUGGAGUCCUCCGUCUAUCUGACUCUGAUCGUUUACAGCGGCUGCUGCCUGCUGGCGGCCCUGGCUUCUUGCUUGCUGCCCAUUGAAACCAAAGGCCGCGGCUUGCAGGAAUCCACCCAUCGGGAAUGGGGUCAGGAGAUGUUUGGGCGGGGAGUCCCCCAAUCAAACUCUGGAUCUCAGGGCUGAUUGGACACUUUGGUCCUGUGGCGAGUAAGUCUGGAGGUUUUGUCUCCCCUGCCCAAACCAAAAAAAAAAACCACACCCGAAACCCAACUCAACGCCCGAGAACAUCUUGUCACUGCUGUGUGUCCCAAAGCAAGAAUGCUCGGUCUACGCCUUGGACUCCCUUUUUGCUCACUCUCAUCCCUGCCCCUUGGCGCGAGGAGACGUAUGAGAUCUGGGAAGAGAGAGACUCCGUGUGUCCGUGCGUGUGCAUUGGGGAAGGACAUGAUGCAGGCAGGGAGGGAGGGAGGGAAGAGAAGAGGGCUGAGGGCUCUCCCAAACAAUCUGCUCCUCAUUCACAGUCAACAAACCGACUUUGUUUCCCGAGACUCAACCAGCCGCUCUGUGUCAAGUCAAGCAAGCAGAUCGGCGGAUGCGAUUUGGAUGCCGCUAUCCUGAAGACGGGCCGGCACUCUCGACACCAAAAAGUAAGCGGGCUCAUGUCCAAACACAAUCAUCCCUUGCCUAGUGCACGGUCAGUUCUGCGCACUUGUGAAUUCAUCACCAGCUUGGCACUUCUUCGGUCUUGAACCACCAUCAGCAUCUGCAAACCAUGGCGAGUCUAUCGGUACUUCACAGCUGACAUAAGCUUUGCUUCUUGAGGAGUUGCUGAGCGUGUUCUGGAGGGUCUUCUUGCACUGCUUGGCCUAGAGCUGAAGUACGCAACGGAGGCCGUGUAUUUGGAAUACGGUGAACAGUUCGGGUGCUCCGUUUUGAAAAAGAUACUGUAGAGCUGAGAAGGAUGUGAAGAGGGGUCUGAUCUGAGAAGGGGGCACCUUCGCUCCCUACAAAGAAGGGCUAAAGCAGCUGAGGCUAUAUUUAGUUUAGAAACAUGAGGACUACAGGGGACAUGACAGAAUUAUACAAUUGUGCAUGGUGUGGAGAAAACAGAGAGAGAGAGAGAGGAUGUUCUCUCUUCUCUCUCCCAUUGCAUUAGGGGUCGGGACUUUAAGUGGCAGAAAGACUAGCUGUCUUUCUGCACCAGUGAUAUGCGUGUUUGUGUGUGCUGGUGAUUCUAAUCUUAAUAAAAGAAUGGUUUACAUUCAAGGGGACUAGUAACAUGAUGGAACUACUCAGUGCACAAGAGGCCCAGAUGGCUCCAUGGGAAUUUGGGGGAUAUGUUUAGGAUGGAUCAUGAAUGAAGCCAUGAACCAUCUGAAAGGAUCUUGUAUGCAGUGCUGCACCUCCUGAAAGGCACGUGUACAACUGCAGCCAUGCGCAGUCUGAGAGGUGUGCCAGUUGGGUGCAGGUUGUUUGGGCCAGUUACGGACCAAGUCUUUGAGUUGCAGACCAAGCAAUGUGGGUUAAAAAUGGGAUGAAAGGUCCAGCAGUUCCUCCUCCUAAGCAAUUGUCUGCCUCCAAAUGCAGCUUCAGUCAUCAACUAGAUACAAAUUCCAAGGAGAUUGAGGCUUCUUUAUUUACACUGCUUUUGAGGAAGUUAACAGGGGCAGAGUCCUUCAAGCAAUUUUGCAAAAAUGCCAAACAAGACGAAAAGGCCAAAGAAGCUCAUAUUACAGUAUUUCCGAGGGAUGUUUAUGAUAGUCAGAGUUAGGCACCUUUAGAAGACAGUCGUUAAGAUAAAAGGCCUCUGGAUGGAGUUUAUAUACGUUGGGGAACGUCCCAUUUGUAUUUUCUCGGAGCAACUACCCUCCUACUUUUGACCCUCUUCUGCAUUUUCAUUGCACAAAUUCAAGACAUUUUCUUCUAAAACAUCACACUGAAAGUUACCAGUUGGCAUUCCUCUGGGUCUUUACAUUUCAGCCAGUUACAUUUCAACACUGUAAAGUAUUCCCAAUUCAAAAGGGCAUUUAGAAUCCACAUUGGGGAGCUCAGUCAAAGACAGUAAAAUAAACUGGCUGGAGGCUUCUUAACCUGGGAGCUGGUCAUUCCUCCCACAAGGUUAAAAGCCUUCAUAGGGUGGAUGUGCCCUGAGGACCUUCUGCUACCUGCGUUGGCACAUCCGAAAUCUGAAAAACCGGCGGUGGCUGAGUCCACAAUGUCAACAUGACAAUAGACUCUCUCUUGGAAUUAAAUAUUUGCUUUGUACGUUUUAUCCAGUACUGUGGAAAAUGUGUGUAAGUCCUUUUGAGUCACCUCUACAACACCACCACCAGUUUUUUGUUGAACGACAGUUUGAAAAUUGGGAUUACCAAACUGAACAUUAUUUGGGUCAAUAGGUAUAUUUAGGCAAAAACAAACCAAAUUUAUUUUAUUGAGAGCUCCCAACUAUUGUGCUGGAAAUCUAUACCAAAUCCGGCAUUGAACUUUUUCAGCCUACAUAUCUUAGAAUGUGUUUGUUUUUUAAUAUAACCCUGCUAACUGGGCAAAGAGGCACCUUUUACCGUGGUGAUUUUCUUUAUUGAGCAGGGGGAGAGUAACUGGCCCUCUCCACCCCCAGCACAGUACCUCCAGUGACUGUUGCUGGUGUCUAUCUUAUGCUUCUUUUUAAAAUGUGAGCCCUUUGGGGACAGGGAUCCAUCUUAUUUAUUUAUUGUUUCUCUUUGUAAACCACCCUGAGCCAUUUUUUGAAGGGUGGUAUAGAAAUCGAAUUAACAACAACAACAAAAUGACUGAAGUAUAUAAUAAAAUUUCAACAAGAACAACAACGAUUGUCCAAAGGAUUAUUAUGAAUUUUUUGCUUUUUACCUGGAAAAACAUACAGCUGGUGGAUUCACUUAAAAAUCAAACCAACCAGAAAGAAGGUCAUUUGGAAUUAAUUGUGGGUUCAGAAGUCUGUGGGUUGUCCUGUUGGUAAAUGUGCAAAGCUGUCGUGAUGGGAAAGCGAUUCUCUGUGUACGCUGUGAUGAAUGACCUUUGUAUCCCUCAACGCUUGCCGAAAAAAGAACACUGAAUGUCUCUGCUGUGUUUUGAAUGUACAGUUUCUAAACUAGGCACAUAUUCGUGUUGCAGAAAAGAGUUCUGUAUAUUGAACUUCUUGUACUAUAUUAUUCUGUUUCUCGGUGGAUGAUGCAACGUUAGAUAGUUUGAGUCCACACCAAAUAUUUUAUGUUGAAUAAAUGAAUAGUUUUUACAAUAA